GCGGAGCCGGGCGGACCAAUCGCCACCGACCACGCUUUACCAACGAAGCGCCGCGCCGUGGCACCGUCACGGCUACGCCGCGCGCGCCGCACAUAACCUCCGCGUCAUCCCGCUGAUUAUCGCGCCCGCUUAUCAGUCGUCGAUACGACAGCACUUGGUCGAAGGCGAGAGAGAGCGGAAGCCGACGGAAACGCCCGGAGGCACACGAAGCCGUGGGUGCUCCCGAUUGGUGGCUGGCAGUGCCGCUGCCCAAGAUGAGCGUCGAAGUUUCGAACGCGCGCGCGUUUCUCGUGCUCUUUCUCUCUCUUCCUGCGGAAAACCGAACAGGACUCGCUGCCAGCGAAUUUCAUGGAUGGAUUGGUUGGGAUAUCUAUCGAUCCUGGAGCGUGAGAGGAUUAACGAUGGGAAUGCGAAGGAUGUUCGAGUCUUACCUGGUGUAUCCGUGACGCUCGAUAUCAGUGACGUGUGACGUAAAGCUGGGAGUGGAGAGGAGCUGAAUCGGAAGAUCGGAAGAAGAAAAAGGAAACCGGAAUGCUCUCCUCAAAGGCGAACGCGGCGUUAACGCGUGUGAGAGAGAUCGAGGAGAAAUAUAAGUUGAAGCGCAGAGAGCAGAGAUGGAAUCGCAAGGACGACACAGACAGUUCGAUCAGCAGCGUCUCGUUGAAUUUGUCGGAAAACUCGCCGACACAAUUGAAGGACUCACCGGGAAACUCUCUAAAGCCCAAGCUCGACGUAAAAAUGCCGGAUAUAAGAUUCGAGGGACACGAUGAGAGCGAGAAACUUCCAUCACAGAAUGAGCGAUCUGAUAGGAUGAACCAGGCUGUCGACGAAGCUGACCUUGAUGUCGUGACGCCAACGUCGGAAGAUAAAUCGUCGUCACGUUAUUCUAUAGGAAAGCAAGAAAGUUUCGCCUCGGGUGUAAUAACGAUUCAGGAAAAUAGCUCGAUUGAAAGCGUGCCCGAUGACUCGGUGAUCUCGUCGAAAUCACUUUCGCGCUCGGAAACGCGACGGUCUUCCGCCGCUAACGAGAAAUUUUCCAGACUUCCAGCAGGAAGAACGAAAGCUGGCUCAAAGUCUGAGAAAGGACGACCGAAGAUGUCCAAAAAAUCGAUCGAAAAGGUUUCUGAGUCACAUUCCAAAGACUCGAAACCAGGGGAACGUUCGAUCGAAGGGAAAACGAUUCCUGAGACACCGAUGAGAGCAAGUUCUGGCCGAAGUUCGGGGAAUUCGAACCGUUCUUCAGGAUCAUUAUCAUCGCAUGCGGAUAGCGUUAUCGACGAGUCGAUCGACACGUCGGUGGACGGCAGUGAAACGAUCUCGGAACUUUCUCACGUCGAGAAAAGCGAAGAAAAAAUCGCAGGUAGCUUCGGGAACGUCUCCGGCAAUUCCGUCAGCAAUCCCGGACGUUCGUCAAUCGAGAACGCUUUAAGCAGACUAAGAUAUCCGAUAGAUGGGAACUCGUACGCGAACGACACCUUCGAAGACACCUCGAGCUCGGCCGUGCGAUCGAAAUCGGGAUCGCGGAGCGAGAGAACGAUCGGUGGGAGUGAAAAUAAAGUCGGCUCGGUGGACGAUCGCGAUAGUUCGAGUAAGGAACUUACGUCGGAUCAUGUUGUAAACGUCGAGAUGAUUAACAACACGAAGACGACGACGGACAAAAGAGCGUCCCGGAGAAAGAAGUCCUCGGACGUGACUCCGGUGAGCCGGCGAGAAAACGAUCGGGAAGAGCGCGGGAAAGUGCCGGACGAUACGAGGGAACAUCUGAUGAUGGAUGUCGUCGUCGGGUCGCUCGCGGACGACUGGGAGAGGACGAUGAAAUCUGAUUCAUCGAGAAAUGACGCGGGCAGAUCGACGAAGUCGGCUUCGUCGAGAGAGAAGACUGAACCGAUGGAGUCCAGAUCGUUGAGGGAGAAAAGCGAAUCGACGAAGUCUUCGUCGAGGGAAAAAAGCGAGAGAAGCGGCGAGGACGCAAACGUCCCUGCGGAAGGCUCGGACCGGCGAAUCGUUCAACGGAACGUGACGAACGUGCUGAGAAAAUUGCACCGAGACUCCGUCGACGCGGUGGUCAGGCGACACUCGAGCUUGAAAGCCGCGGAAAAAGUUCACGAAAGUUCUUCCGGGAGGAGGCCCGAAGCCUCGGAGGCGACGCCGGGGCGAGUGACGAGGAGGAGAGAAGACAGCCGUCGCCGCUCGUCGGGGAGAGACAAACCAGUUGCCGGGAACAAUGAUGAGCACAGCAUCAAGAGGAGGAGGAGGAGAGCUAAGGUCACUUACUCCGAGCUGGUCGAGGCUCGCGCCGGAAGUUGUAAAGAAUACGAGCCUUCGAGAUGGCGGGACGACGACGGGAGAGAAAUUCGUGAACUACAGAAGCGGGUUGUUGAACUGAGACUGCGGCGGGAACGGGAAGAUCUCCAAAAAUAUCUACACGAACUGAGGGACUUGAGACUGGGUGGAGGAUCGGCUUCUACCCCGGACUAUUUCAGUCCCUCGGAAUUUCCGAGGAUCGCGGAAUUCACGCCACCCGACCCGCUUGAGUUUGAGCCGACAUCGAGACCGGACGAUCAGCUCGCCGUGCUGCGCGAGAGAGUUUCGGCGAUCAGGCGACAGCUGAAGGAUCAAUAUAUCCUGUAUCGUGACUACUGCGCUGUGGCGCAAGCGAUCAAUGCCCGCUACGUUCCCACGACGUUGGAGGAUACCAAAAAGACGAUACGCGAGCUGCGGGAAAAGCAGAUUAAAAUCAGAUGACGACGUCGCCGCACCGCGCGAGACGGUGGUCGUACGAACGGGUCG